AUGCAACUGAUGGUAAGUACAAUGACUACGUUAAUUUUUCUACUUGAAACAAAUUCACAAUGAUUUAACAGAGGAAGUUUCCUUUCUUUUGGUAACACAGGACGUCUUGCACUUAGGGAGAAAGCUUUAAUUGGCAAAAAUAUGAAAACAUUUGGCCUAAUAAUGAGGAACAAAUAGAGGAUCACUGCCGCUCAGGGUUGUUUAGCGACAAACAGAAUGUCUGGUCACAGUGCCACAUUUUCGUUCAUAUAAUCGCUUAUGACUGUCGGAAAUAUGUCAGGCGUGAUACGUAGCCACAUAGCAAAAGGCUGACAGUUAAAUAAGUAUAAGAACGCCUAUCCAAGGCAAAUUACACCGGUUUAAUAUCGUCAGAAGGCACCUCAAAAUCCCGAAGCAAUGAAGAAGUCAGUUUUUGGGUGUCACUUGUCUGCCGUCUAUGCUCGUCCGCGCGAGUUCAUCUGUUUUAUUAGUAGGGCAGCCAUUAGACGCCCGCCAGCGGAUCAUUGUUCCGAACCGAGAGAGACGGCAACGACUGUGUCAAUCAUAAUGCUUCUCUUUAAAUUUAUGAUCAUUAAUUUUAACAUAGCAUGAGGCUCUCACAUCAAAAAGGGGAAUCAACAGACCUGUAUAUGACCGAAACCAUACAUCCGAAUAAUUUGUAUCCGUGAAGGAAAAGUGGUCGAAAUGCGUAGAAGUGCCAUUUGGCAACUAAUGUCGAACUAAAAUACCUUCCACGGGUGCUCAAAACCAAUAGCCAUCCCCGCAACUUCGUCAACCGGUGCAUACGAUACGGAAGGCCGAAUCUCACGGAUCCCAAAUUUAAGUUGGUGCUUCUCUACGUCAAAGAUAUUUAAGGAUGAAGUUGCACGCAGACUGCACACAGCUAUCAGGCGUCAGAUAAGGAAAGCGAAAUACCUACUGCAGCGGCCAGAAACGUCUGGAGUCGUUUAUUAAAUCUGAAGCAGUUGCGGACAGAGUAACUACGUCAGAAACACUGAAAGACAGCUCAGAAUGUGAAUGGCCGAACACGCUGCAGCUUUGCGGAGAAAUGACCCCAGCUCAAAAGUUACAGCUCAUUCGACGGGAUCCGAUAUCACAUUCAAAUUCGAAGAGGCCGAAAUUUUCGCUAGAGGAGACAACCGCGUGAUCCUUAAGCUGCUUGAGUCCCGGUUCACUGGCCCGCAGUCUAUUAACAAGUGCAGUAACCUUCCCCUUCCAUACUCGGUGCUCAGACUUCGCUUAGGCGGAGUUAUUAACCGUGGGAGGAAGACCACAGGCGAACACUGUAUCCAACGCCAGGGUUGGUGGGUCAGAUGGUCAAGCAACCAUCACAGUAACACCCAACACCCGUGAUGAAAUUGUAAUGAUUUACGACUCGAAUGUUCGCCAUCAAACAAUCCUCACACCAAGUGCAAAAAUCCCUGAUGAAUUGGAAAGACAUUUAUUUUCCUAGAUCUGCGAUAGAGUAGCGAGUGCAGUCCCUUGUGCGUGAACUACCCGUACCUGCUAUUGUUCCUGAUGAUAGGUUCGAGCAGGACUCCGAGACGUCAGGGGAAUAGAGCUGUUGUUCAAGCAAUCGUGUCUCCUUCGCUUGAAAACAUCCCAAGCAGGUGUGGAAUCCAUCAACCUCACGCCCAGUUUCCAAACGUGUACUGGAAUAGCUCUGGGUUAAUACUAUCAGAUGUACUUUCGUCAUCGGCGAAGUUAUUCGGUCUUCCUGGUACCGCCGACGUCUGUUCCUACCAUAAUUACAGAAAUUGGCGCUUUGUAGCCUAUGGUGGUCUCCACCUGAGGCACAUGCAUGCGUAAUAUAUUUUCUGUUAGUCAGUCAAGAUGUGAAAUAAGUGUCACUAUUACUGACGCCUAAUUCAGCAAACAUCUGGGUGGACACAGUAAUCUAAAUCACCUACUGCUCUCAACCGUAUUUCUAUUUAAAUACUCUGUAACGGUAAACCGCAUGUGUCUUCGCGUUAAAAACUAAAAGACAUUCUGUAAGAAAGAAGCGCACUAUCUUUUUACUUUGUUUCGAUAACAGUACAACUUAGUUAAUUAAAUAUGCCAGGCUGGUGUAGAUAAUGAAAACUGUUAAAUGUCAUCGGAAAGGUAAAACUGAUUAAAGGUUAUUAGAUAUUCAGAUUGUUUUGCGAAAUAAUCCUAUUGAUGUCGAAAAAUUAAAGUGUCUUUGUGGCAUGCAGUAGGUGAGCUACCUCAUGAAAUGUCAACCGAAAUUCCGAAAUGCGUUUUCGCUUUGAAAGAAAUAAUUGAGUAGAGCUGUAAAAUUAAUCAGUCUGUAGCAUAGGUUUGUAAUGAUCUAGUUACCUCAGGAUGCCGGCUUUUGAAAGAACUUGUUUUUGGCUGCAUGUAGAAACUAUACUCUAAAAAUGACUGCUUAUGUAGCAUACAUUUUCUCAUUGAUUUUUAAUGCCCUUAAAAUUUCAAUUAUAUUUCAUGGAAACAGACAUAAAAUAUUCUAUUUGUUCAUUCGCUAAAAAUGACGUCUAUCUUCAAUUUUAUACUCAAAGGAAGUGUAGAAUUCGGUCUCAAAAGGGUUUCUAAUUGUGAGAAUUUUAAUACCGUGAAACGGCCGUCCAUAAAACGACAUGUCUCUGCAUUUAUCGAUGUGGCCUGUAAAGUUAACAAUAUGAAUCAAAUCCACUGCUCAAUUUUAUGAACUCUAUAUGGUCUCCUUUUUUUACCGUAGAGAAAUGUGAGGUUUUCUGUAUGCAGAAAAUAAACGGCUUGUAAUUUCGAAAUCCUGAAUCCAAGUGCAACAGUAGAGCGGGGUCAAAAUUAUUCGAGAAUUGGAAAUGUUUUUGAAAGCCGAAUUCUACCCUUUCUUCUAGUAUAAAAUUGGGAGAAGACGAAAUUGUUUACCAAAGGAGCUAAAGAAUGAAUAGUUUUAUGCACGUUUUCCAUGGACUAUAAUUAAAUAUUUAAGGUAAUCAAAAAUCAAUGAGAAUACUGCAUGCUACAUGAGCAUUCAUUUUUACACAGUAUGGUUUUUGGCGUGCGGCCCGAAAAUGGUUUUUAUCAGAAAGGCUGCAUCCUGAGGUAGCUGUAUUAUUAUAGAUUUAUGCUGUAGAAUGAUUAGUGUUACAACCCUACUUAAUUAAUCCUUUCGAAACGAAAACGCAAUUCGGAAUUUCGGUUGACAUUUUAUAAGUUAGCCCACUUACUGUAUUUCUACCCCAAAGCGCAAUACUCAUUGUGUGCUUGAAGCAGCUAUUAUUUUAAGUUUCAAAUACGUCUGCUGUCAGCCUCAAUUCACCCGAUCCGUGUUCAUUCACCAACCGUGUGUUAUUUAAGUCUGCUAUCCCGUAGUCUUAGUAACUUAUAGUAUUAUGUUGCAAUCGCCGGCAUUCCUUCGAGGAAACCUUUUUGGAAUUGCAACUUUUUACGCAAGAUUGCAUUGUAUGGAAUAAUUAGCGGAGAUAUGACAAAGUGUAGCUCUUGUUCCAUGAUCGUCUGUCCUCGUUAAUAGCUGAAGCAUUUGCUAUUUACGGCGAGCCAUAUACGAUAUUAAAAUGUCUGCGAUGUGCAAUUGACGUUUUAUCAGAAUAAUGUUAAAAAUAAACGUUGCCCACAGGAGACGAUUAUUCAGCAGUCUGGUUACAGUCCUAAGCGCACCACACCCGCUGCGUCUAAGAGUUGCAUUAUGCAGCAUGGGAUUUCCGAACUUGGGGUUGCCAUAAGAACAUCCAACGAGAAUGGGGAUCAGGAAAUGAGCGCACAAUUCGCUCUUGUAUUUAUAGGUGUUUAUUUCGCUUCUGCUAAUUCGAUUAGUUAAAAUAUUAGUCUGAAUUAUUUAAAUCGAUUUUCGUUUUCGGGGGAAUAUGUUAUUCCUGGAGCAGAUACACAUCUGACUUCACAAAAUAUGGAAAAUAAGUGUGAAUAAUCAAAGGGCUAGUAGUAAAAUGUCAACCACUAGGAUGAAACUGCGAUUCUAAACGUAUGUGAAUUAUAUUUUACGGCAGAGAUAUGAGAAACACUUCUGCCCUCCCUGCCAGAACGUCUUGAUAUUGUGAGGUCGGAAACUAAGCGGCAUCUAUUAGUCAUCGUAAAUGAAAUUAGAUUCACUCGAUAUAUUUUUUGUAACGAUCGCAUUUUACCAGUUCACCAAACAUGUCGAUAAAAUGACGCCUAUGUUGGCUUGAAAAUAUUAUUCCAUUCUUAAGACAUACUCGGCGGAAAUGGAAACCCUGGCCGCUAAAUGGGUGGAGAAAUGUGUGUUUCGACAUCCCGACCCCCGAGUUGAUCGAGAGUACAAUGGCGUAGGGCAAAAUCUGGCUGUGUUUGGUGGAGCCAAGCCAGCAGACCUUUACGAGAGUUCGGUGUCGGGUUGGAAUCGUGAAAAGGCGAAGUACGUUUACUCAACGAACCAAUGCUCCGGUGUCUGUGGACAUUAUACGCAGGUUUGUAUGUGUGCGAGAUUGGCUGUUUACUUUGAAUUUGUCUCACCAUUUUUGCCGUUCUAAAUUAUGCUUUAUGAGGCGGUUAUAUGCUCACCUUUAUUACCGACAGAUACUGUCCCUGUCUCCGAUGAUAUGUUCGAGCAAACGUCGGAAGCGUUAGGCGAAUAAACUUCAUGUUCCAGCAAUCGAUUCUACUUCUUGUUGUUUCCCUCGUAACCAUGCGCUGAUCGGAAGCUUAUACGGCUGUACUGAUAGAAAUGGAGUUGAAAUUGUUGCUCUUUUUCUAAAAUCGAGACAGGCAUACAGCAUACUGAGUAUGCCUGUUGAGAAUAUUUCUUAGUAUGAAUGGCAGGUCCAAAUAAUUUGCUUUCUUUUAAUGGUAUUUUUGUUUUUUUCUGCAGAAUUAGGGUGCGUUUCCAAAGAAAAGCGCUCGAUGUGAAAUCGAGAAUUUCUUGAAAGUUUAGAUCUUUUUUGAUUAUCAAGGGACACUCAUGUUUUCAUUCACAGCUGUACUCAAAAGUUUGAUUUGCUGUCAACUCCGGUGAUUGUCUUGAUACAACUGCUUCGUUUUAAUUUCCCACAAAAAAAUCUUUUUUGGUAAAACGCCAUUGUUUCAUUAUCCAAAUAUACGCAAUGAGAUUGUUGUUUUCUAUAUCCGAUCUUUCAUUAGAAAGCAAACUUGAGUACAUGAAUAAAGUAGAUUAUUAUAUUUUAAAACUUUAUAUUUAAAAGGUUGUGUGGGCAAAAUCAAAUGCCGUGGGUUGCGCUUGGAAAUCGUGUCCGGGCAUCAUGAGCGGAUACGCUGAGGGAUACCUCGUAGCCUGCCAAUACAAACCACAGUAAGUCCACUAAUAGGUGUUCUACUAUUUCUGAUUAUAUGUUUACUUAGUAAACUGACAACCGCCUGAUAUAAGAACUAAUUUUAACUCAGCGGCUUAUUGAACACUGAUACACUCGACCAGACGUCAUGACAUACGCUCCACUCAGCCACAAACUUAAUCAAUUGCAAAAUACUUGAUUAGGUCCUACGACAAAUGACGUGACCGCCAACUGUUCACUUGAGAAAUUCGACACUCGAAAGACACUCGAAAACGCAACGCUAACAUACGACCGAUCUAACUAGACAUAAGUUGCAAAUUUAAAAAGGAGGAACAAAGGCGUUACAGGGAGUUUGAAGGCGUCCGCCUGUCUUUAUCUAAAUAAAGCUGAACUUAACCGAACUUACAAGACAUGAAAUCUUAAUUAUAGGAGACAGAGUAAUUUCAUUAGGCAUCAGCGAAGUGACACACAAACUAAAACAGUCGGAUUUUAUGCCACGUGCGCAAAUGCGUCUCCCAAAUUUUCUCGGUUAUUUGGUAGAUUCACUUGUCGAAAAGAACCAAAAUCGUUGUGUGAAAUGUUCCCGAAUUGCUUGACAUUCAAACUCAUACAUUUGUCUAACUAAUUGUGGAAAACGCGGCAGCCUCAUUAUGAUGCGAACCUUUGGCAGCAAGGAUAAGCCUUGGGCAAAGCCAACGUUCUAAACUCCCUUUAUGCGAGGCCUCAUCUGCGGCUGUGGAGUUAAUCACGCGUGGGCCAUAUUACCCUCGUAAACAAAUCUGAUACAGUAACAUGACUGCUCAAGCAGGAUUUUCUAAGCAAGCAAUCUAGCAUCCACGAGAUGACCACGAAGUGGCUCCCAUAUGUUGCAAUAACCUGGACAAUCAGCGUGAAGUAAAAAGGAUUGAAUUCAUGGCUCUCGCAGUGGAGACUCAUAGAUCAGGCGGUUAAAACGUUGAUCAUGAUGAAGCUUUGCUCUCGUGAGUCCAUAUUCCAUCGAGGUCGCCGGGGUUUGUCUGAUACAGUCAGGUGAAUUAUUCACGUCUACGGCGACACCGGUAAUUCUUACUGCCCAAAAUUUUCCGAUUUAAAUAUGUACGUUGUCUACGUUUUAUGGGGUAAUGUGCAUUAUCCCCAAAAGCAACUGUUUGAUCGCAGAAAUUGCAGAUCUCCCGUUAAAAACUGACGAAUCAGCAACAUUAUUCGUACACUUUGGCCUAUUUUUUCACUUUUCAGGGGGAAUAUGAAUAGAAUGAGGCCCUACGUGAGCGGACCCAGUUGCAGUCAAUGCGCAAAGACGGACUACUGCGUGAAAAAUCAAUGUUCGAAGUACAAAGACUCGGGCUUGAGGAACAAUUUGGCCAUAAGCUCGUUCUGCAUCUUUGUAAUUGCUCGCCUCCUGAACUAA